UUAAAGGGGCAACGUCCCCAAAACACUGCGUUUUGUGCCGUUUAGGUUUGUUUCUCUUCUGUUUCAGCUCCUCAGACGAAAUCAAGGCUCCAUUUUUAGGCUCCCUCCUCCUCCUCCUCCUCCUCCAAGAAAGCUUGAACACAAUGGGCGACAAGAAGAAGAAGGCUACGUUGUUCAUCCGACUUGUCUCAGCUGCUGGAACUGGAUUUUUCUAUGUCAAGAAGAAGCCUUCUAGGAUGGUAGAGAAGCUUGAGUUCCGAAAAUUUGACCCUCGGGUGAAUCGCCAUGUUCUAUUUACAGAGGCAAAAAUGAAAUGAGCAAGGUGUCCCAUAUAGAUGAUAUAUUUCAUUAUCAUCCUCUAUUUUGUUCCCUGUAGACAGUUUGUUCUAAAUUUGACUUAGAGCUUACAUUCACUCAAGUGCUGUCUAUUUGAUCACAUUGAAAAUUUUUCUCUAUCUAGCGAUAGUUUAAUAAGUUUAAAUUUUGUGCUGAUUGAAACAUUGAAGAUCUUAAGAAUUAAUGUCUUGUUUUCUUCUCCA